AUGCCAACCGCAGAUAUGUUGCGGAAGGGGAAGUCCGCGGAACUCCAACUUGCUAUAUGCUUAGGGACGGGGUUGGAAGCCUCCAAUCCUGUCGAAAGAAGAGCGAAGGAAUGCAGGAAACGGAAACGACUGGAAUUGGGAUCGUCAAAGUCACGGACCUUGAGGGCCAAUCGACGCUGUACAUCAGGCAGCGAGAGGGACGUUUGGACGGUCAACCAAUCAACAAAUCAGUUGCCCAGGAAUGAAGAGAUGGACAUGUGCAUUGCAUGUCGCGCUGGAUCUCAGGACUGCAUGUCGGACUUCCUCUUAACCGCUUACAUGGGCGAGAGCAGCGCUCGCUGUGAGAAAGAGACGAGGCAGGGUCCGUCGAACGAAAGCCGAAAGUGGACGGAGUGGACGGAUCCUGAGCACCCGGCCGCGGAGCCGGUCCGUUCCGCAGAACUGGCACCUGCGUCUCCUUUGACAAGACCAGCAUCUUUAGGCCGCCGGCCGGCAUUGUUGCCCGGCCGAGCAGGGCACAAGGGCAGGAUGGAUGGAGAACAGGGCGUGACGCGGAUGGAUGGAGUUCAGGGAGAUGUGGAUGACGAGGAGGAGAACCGCACACAGGUGUUGGACGGCGAGAUCGGCAAGACCACGCUCUGCGUGGGCGCCGCCGAUCGGAAGCUGUGUGAUGUGUUCAUCACCUUGCGGAAGUCCUCAGGAGAAGACGUCGCUGAAGGGAAGCUGGAAUGGGACGAUUUGAUCGAAGCCUUUGACAAGUAUGAGGUCACCGAGGACAGCGAAGGCAAUGAAGUCUUGGAGGAACAAACCAUUUUUGUGGAGCUGGUGAACGAGAAGGUGGAGGGGGAGUUCGACGAGGAAUGGCUGGUCUGGGUGGAGGCGCGAGUGACCUUCAAGAACGAGCUGGAUUCCAAGUGUGAAGAGAUGCCCUACUCCAAACGCAUUUUUCAAUUGGACCCUCCGGGGCAGAUCUUCUACGAAGGCAUGGAACGGUUCCUGGCCUGGGAUCCCACCAGUGAGUCUUUGCAGGAGCUGCCCAAUCGCCUGUUGGCUGAGCGGGUCCAAGUGACCAACGGCGGCGUCUCCGUGAUGAUCUCCUUCCCGGCGCGGACGCCCAGGGCCGCCGUGACAGCGGGCUUCAAUGAAGCGGGAGAACAGGUGAAUGCUCACAGUACCAUGGAGGAGGACAAGGGUGAAGCCUUGCCCGGCGUGUCCCAUCGCUUCAUCAUCUGCCGCACCUGGACCUUGGCAGACUUCGAGUUGAUGUACGCGUCCUUCUGCCGCAUGAACAGCAUGGAGAUGGAGCGUGUGACAGAAUCAGCGCUCCAGGAGUAUGGCAUGGUCCUUGCACGAGAGCAGCUCAAGGUGGUGAAAGGACUGCGGAAGCCGCUGCUCUUUGAACAGGUGGCGGAUGAGGAGGUCAUCGAUUGCCCUGGAUUGAUCAUGGUGGCAGACCAGAAUAUCUCCGCUCGCUCGGCUCUGGGGCCCAACAUCGAUAUCACUGGCGGCGGAUCGGAUGCUGGCGGCAGCCGCCAGACGUGA